ACACACGCACGUACAGAGUGAGAGAGAGAGAGGCAAUGGCGAAUCAUAAAAGAACAUCAGAGAGCGGUUUCUCCUCCGACUUUUUUCCUGAAUGGAGAUGGCUGCUGCUUGGAGCACAUCUCUAGGCCUCUCUUUCUUUAUCUAUCUCCACUGCAACUUUAUUUGACUUAUAAUGAGCGCACGCCUUGGAACUCUUCUUCUCCGAAGAAGAUGCCGAUGUCUUCUCGCCAACAAUCUUCCAAUCUCUUCUUCCUCGAUGCUCUUUAUUGUCAGGAACAGCAUUGGAAUAACGUAAUCGAGCUGGAAUCCCGACCAAUUGAAGAAGAAGACGACGACGACGCCCAAUUCGAGCCUGGACCAAACCCUAAUUCUUUGCUGGGGAUUUUUGGGGGGAAUUCGCGCUUCAACGACGACGAGGAAUUGAAAUUCCUGUUGAAUAAAGAGGUUGAGAAUGGAUUCCGCGGCGGAUUUGAGUGGAAUCCGGGUUUGAUUGAAGCUAGGGUUGAGGCAGUGGAGGGGAUAAUUAGGGUUGUUGGCCAUUACUGUUUUUCUGCACUCACUGCAAUUCUUGCCAUUGAUUAUUUCGAUAGGUUUCUUCAGAGCUGCUUUCGCCCCCAAUUUGAGAAGCCAUGGAUGCCUCAGUUGGCUGCUGUUGCUUGCCUUUCCUUGGCUGCUAAAGUUGAAGAAACUCAAGUCCCUCUUCUUCUAGACCUCCAAGUGGAGGAAACACAGUAUGUGUUCGAUUCAAGAACAAUUCAAAGAAUGGAGCUUUUGAUACUAUCAACGCUGAAAUGGAGGAUGAAUCCGGUGACUCCUCUGUCAUUUUUGGAGUGCAUUGUAAGAGGGUUUGAUUUGGAGAGCCAUUUCUGUGGCAAGUUUAUGAGGAGAUCUAAGAGUCUGCUUUUGUCUGUCAUUUCCGAUUGUAGAUUGAUGAGGUAUUCUCCCUCAGCAAUGGCUGCUGCAACAAUGCUGUAUGUUAUAAGCAGCCUAGAGCCCUCCAUUGGAGUGGAAUCUCAGGACAAAUUGGCAGCCAUUCUUGGAACCAACAAGGAGAAAGUGGAGGAGUGCUUGAGGGUGAUGCAAGAAGCAAUGGCAGCCACAAGCAGAAAGAGGAAACAGGAAAUGAGCCCAAAAGGGGGAUUGGAAAUGUGCUUCAGUUACAGCUCUGAUAGCUCAAAUGAGUCAUGGGGAGUGACCUCAACAGAGCAGCCAUUGUUGAAGAAGCUCAAGAAAACCUUAAAUGGACCAGAGGGUACUACUGCAAGUAUGUGAUUAUGAUAUUGCCCAACUGUCUGCCAUUGAUUAAUAUCUCUUUCCCAUAUAUGUGAUAUGAUAUGAUUGAAUAACAUUUGUAUGAAUUCUACUAAUUAGUUAAUAUGAAAUGCCUUUUCUUGUAUUCAAUGUUUUGCAAGAAUGAAUUGAUGGUAUCAAGAGUGGUGGUGCCUGGUCUCUGGUCA